AUAUAUAAUCUUAUUCUUGUCUGUGUUUUCAUUCAUUCACCAUUCAUUGAUAAGCUACUAGCGAGUCCAAAGUAGUACUAUAACAUACAUUUUGUAUAUAUGGAAGCGGAGCAUUAUUUUCCUUCUCCUUCUCUCUGCUCAACCAGAUGGUGGUCAAAGGAGACGGUGGCGGUGGUGACGGGUGGGAACAAAGGCAUAGGGUAUGCGUUGGUGAAGCAAUUUGCGGAGCUUGGACUGAGCGUGGUCCUGACUGCGAGAGACUACCAUAAAGGGGAAGCUGCUUUACAGGCCCUUGAAGCACAUGGUCUUGCCAAUCACCUUCACUUUCUCUUGCUCGAUGUUUCUGACCCUCUUUCCAUAAAAAAUUUCGCAUCCUCCUUUCAAGCCAAAUUCGGACCCACCUUGGAUAUUCUCGUUAAUAACGCGGGUGUGUCGUUCAAUGAGCUAGACGGGAACACGGUGGAGUAUGCAAAAACGGUUAUGGAUACUAACUUUUAUGGCCCUAAGUUGUUGAUUGAGGCUCUCCUUCCACUCUUCCGUUGCUCUUCUUCUUCUUCUUCUGUCUCUCGUGUUCUCAACAUUAGCUCAAGGCUUGGCUCCCUUGAUAAAUUGAGGAACAAGAAGAUGAGAGAAAUGUUGGAGAGGGGGGAGUUAGGGGAAGAGGAAAUAGAGGGAAUGGUGAAGAGGUUCCUUGGAGACGUGAAGAGUGGAAGGUGGGAGAAUGAAGGGUGGCCAUUGCAGUGGACUGACUACGCGGUCUCCAAGCUGGCUCUCAACGCAUACUCAAGGCUGCUCGCUAAGAAACAAAGUGGCCUCAGUGUCAACUGUUUUUGCCCUGGCUUCACACAGACCGCCAUGACAAGGGGAAAGGGCACCCACACCGCCGACCAUGCUGCUGCCCUUGCCGCCACACUCGCCUUGCUUCCCCCCUCCCACUUGCCUACCGGCAGGUUCUUCUUGCUUAGCCGCAACACCACUCCUACUACUACUAUUACUUCUAAACUUUGAUCCAAUUUCUCUGCCUAAUUUUAUAUAUUUUUUUUCAGAAAUUCACAACCAGUAUUCAACCAAUUUCA